AUGGCCACCAUCGAUGUAGCCUUCAAUUCAAACACAGUAGAUGAUGCGACAGAGGUUUCCACAGAGAGUGGCAUGCCCCCAGCACUAGCCAAAAUUGUAGAAGAUCUGAAGCAGAGCAACAUGGCAUUGUAUGUGGCCACACUGAAUAUUACCAAAAACACAGACACCAACCCUGAAACAGCCAUUGAUGAUGAGAUGAGGACAACAGACUGGCUAGUGCAGGAGCACCUGAAAGGGGCACUGGCACAUGCAGCUGAGACACACAAUAUCUCUCCUCUUCCAGUCUUUGAUCUCAAUGGCAAGAGUAUCAACCCAUUGGAUUCCACUUGCAAGCUCUCCAGUGCUGUCAUUUGA